UUCGGGCUGCCUUUCUUUGUUCUCUUGGCUAAGUAUCGAUACUAGUCGUUGAGAGUGGAGCUCCGUACAACAGGACGACUAAUUCUGUGGGACCGUGUUUGAGGAAACGCGUACUCGGCGUUUCGGACACAUGGAUCAUAAUAACUUCACCAAUGGAAUUUAUUUUUAGUCUUCCGGAGCAGAGUUUCACCUUAGGAAUCGAAAGUUAUUGGUUAGAGGCCCUUUACGGCGGUUUUGACCAAACUUGUCGAGGGUGGAGAAAUGCGGUAAAUAAGGCGAAAUGUGGAGAUUAGACCUGAGAAAAGCCUAACGGAAUCACUUGAAAGAUUUACUCUCCAUGAAAUGCGGUCUGGAGGUCAACACACCCAAGAAGGAGCUUUUCCUGUGUUCCAACACCAAAGUAACUUCAGUGGUCUCAACUCAUGCAAGGACAAAAAUGUUAGACAUGUACCGGUGGUUCACCCUGCAAAUGAAAUGCGAAUCAAUGUGGUAGUCACUCCGUAUCCUGGGGACCACAACUUGGCUUAUGCUCCACCUCAGAAGCAGCAAGGCUAUGCUCAAUCACAACACAAUUUUGAGGGACUUCACCACCAAAGGAAGUCACAGGAAAGCACUGUACUCCGGCACCCAAAUCAUGGGGAUAGUGCAUCUAUCCCUCAGCACAGUUGCCAUCAAAUGAGCAGGAAAGCUAAUGAAAACUUUUACUCAUCUUCACAUGUCGAUGCUCAAGACAACACUUAUUUUGAGACAUCUACUAGUGAGAGUUUAAGAAAGUCUGUUUAUAAUAGUGGGCAACAAAGAGAAUGUUUAAUUUUGGACAAUAAUACUACACUGCAGCAAAGACUGCAUUUAAAUUCAGUUGAUACUAGUUUUACACCACUUCAAGGAGAUAGCCUUGGACACCAUGAAGAUUCUACCACUGAGAGAUGUCCACUGCCGCAUUCCUUACUGAAAGAAAAUUCUCUGGAUUCGACUGAACUCUGUCCCACCAAAUCUUCAAAGGAAAUUAAUGCCAACAGUGAAAUCAACCCUCAUUUUUCAGGUGGAAGACAAGAUGAGAGUCAGCAAUUGAAAAGUCCACUAGCCACUCUAAACUUUGAGACUAGAACACAAAACCUGGAUCAUUCAGAAAGAAGUCUUUCCAUCCAGGGACAGGUACCUCUUCCCACUCUCAAUGAGCCGCUUUUCACAGACAAAGUCUCAACAGUUGAGAAAAUAAGACCACCUUCAGAUCAAGAAAUACUGGACUAUAUCGCAGAAGCGCUUGCAGAUGCUAAAAUGAAAAAUAAAAAAUGUGGAUCCACACAAUUCAAAACGAGGGGAAAUUCACUCCCUGACAGGGACUCCACUCUUCAGUCUGCCUUCAAGACGCAGAAAUCCAACAGUUUUUCCACAACCUCUGUCUCUGACAAAGAAGAAAAUAUAGAGAGAAAAAACCUCAACUCUACUGUGACUGAGCUGUGCACUAGUUCAUUUGGUCAAGCAGUUGAAGAGGACAUUUCAAAGGGCAGCAGAGCAAGUGCUGUGUUAACUCUCAAGGCUAAAGUGAUAGAUGAUUGUGCUACAGCUCCCUCAGAGAAACCUCCAGCAGAAUAUCCACAAAUUAUGAUGGAAGUUGCUGAAACCUGCACAAAGAAAGAAGAUGGGAGUCCAGUGGUUCUCACACCAGUGUCUGGAGUGACCUUGGACAAACUGACUGAGAGGCACCGCGGUUUAAUGUUCAAUGACGGCUUGUCGACACAAUGCAAGUCUCCUUGGUUCAAUAACAAGAAGAAUGUGCAUGACAUAGAUAAGGUACCUGGUGUUUCUUGGACUCCCAGAUGCACAGUGGAGAAGGACAAAGGAGAUGCUGACUCAAAAACAGUGGAGGCACUGGGAUUGGAUGAUGUGCAAAAUGCAACUGGUAUCUCGGUGGCUUUUCAAACCAAGUCAAAUUCAGUGUCAUCUGAAAGCAAAACAUUCAUUGAAAAAAAUCAAGAUCCAAAAGAAAAAGACAUGGAAGGUCAACGUCACUCUAUUACCUGUGAGGAAGUAACUGCACAUUCUAAGCUAAAUCCAUCUAUUGAAAAAAGUUGUCAAGGUGUGAGGAAGGAUUCCAGUUUACAAAAUGGUUUAAAGGUACUACUUUCUGGAAACAAAGUCAAAGAAUCACCCUCUUUAACUGAAACUGAGGGUGAGGAAGUGCAUGGUGUGAAAAUUUUGAAAGACCUUCAAUAUGAAGACAUUUCAGAUUAUGAAGAUUCGUCACAGCUGUCAACAAAACUCCCAAACAUGUUGCAUGAGAAAUUAAGCUUCCCACCAUGUAUUGAUGAUAUAAGUGACAAUGAAAUCCCCCAUAUAGAGAAUAUGGCUGAAGAAAUCCUCUCACUUAAACAGACACCUGAGCCCAACAACAUGCUGUCAUUUGAAAGUGAAGGCUAUGGGUAUGUGCAGGGCCAGGCUCAAAUGAAGGCAGAAAUCCUUACAGAUGAGAAACUGUUUCUAAGGAGGGUUUCUCCAAAUAUCAGGACAGUGGAUUUAGCAGAUCCCAGCUCUGGUUCAUGUUUUGCUGCACAAGAUGAUGGGUUUGAACAUUCAUCGCUUGUUAAAGGUGACAGUGAGAGACUUCUGGAAUGGCAAACAGACAACUCGGUUUCAUGUAGCUCUUCCUCAGUCUUUAAAGAUGAGAUUGAUGAUGAUGAUUGGAUAUUCAUACCUGUAAUCAUGUCAAGCCUGAAAUUUGAACCAGAAAAUGCAACUGGGGGCAACACAGAUCAAGUUGUGCUAGAAGAUGGCGAGACUGGAGAUGAAGAAAGACGAGAUGAGAAAAGUUUAACACAAUGUGACUUAGACGGGCCAGAUCCAAAACCAGUACCAGCUUCUUCAGCCUUGCUGAUAGAGGUGUUUGACACACCAGAGCUCUUUCUACAAGCAAAAACCAAAAAAAAGGUUCAAAAUUUUGAAGUGGCAUCAGUCAGGAGCACACCUGAACAUGAAAUGGAAGGAGAGCCAUCUACACCUCAGAACGGUAGAGAGCUUUUCUUAGAGCCCAGAGAUGGGUUUGAAUCUGAAGACAGCUGUGAAACUGAAGAUAGUUGUGAUUACUCAUCUGCAUCAGAACAUAACUAUUUAACAGUGCCUAGGCAGUGGUUUAAGCCAGCAGCUUUGUCCUCAGAAACAGAAGAUUCUCUUUCUGAAAAAGAGAGGGAACAUGAAGCGACAAAUGUGCAAAUAGGUCAGACCAAGAACGGUGACAAGUUGGGCUGUAUGCAAAAACUUAAAAAGCUGAUUGAAAUGAAAGGUGUCUCAAAGCAUGUUCAACCCAAGACUAAGAGAAAAAGGAUUUCAAAGGAUGACCCAAUAGUCAUUGAUUCUGACACUGAGGAUGAACUUGACCAAAAUUGCAAAAAGAUGAGAUUGUCUUCAGCCCCAAAGCACAUGCAGGAUGAAUGCCAUGACCUGCCACACAGUGCAGAAGUGAGCAAGGGACUGAAUGAAACCAAAGUUGACCCUGAGCAUCUUCAGCUUGAGAAUAACAGAAAAUCUAUUUCACAAGAAGACUGUAUAAUAAUCUUGGACUCUGACACAGAGCAUGAGAGUGAUCAAAAAUACAAAAGGGUAAAAACGAAGACUUUGUUCCCUUCAGCGGCAGUGGAUGGUAGUGGUUCCAGAAAGAGUGGACAGUUAACUGAACCUAAAGCUGAGACUAAGUGUGUUGAACAUGAGACUAAAAAACAGACUUCAAAAAGAGAAACUGUCCAUGAUUCUGAUAAAGUGGUUAAAAAAGACCAUAUCAAUAAAAAGAAGGCAAUUGGAGAGAGACACUCAUCAGGCUUAGGGAACAGUGGCAGCGCCUUACAAAACAGACAUUCAACUGAACAGUUGAGCAGUUUUUGUGGAACUACCAACAGAAAGCCUCAGAAAACUACAUCUGAAGACUCACCAGAGAUGCUACCCCAUUCUGGAGGCAAGGAGGCAGGCCCCCCUUUGGUUUCCAAUCCUGUGAUUACUCGCCUUAUAGUUGAUGAACAACAUGAUUACUUGAAACUUUCCAAGGAAUCUAAAGGCCACAGGCAGGUUAAAGAUAAAUCUCUGACUCAAACUCCCACAACAUCCAGCACAAAGAUGGACAUCUGUGAAAAGAACACGGGGAAACAAGGAAAAUUUGUGCCCAAAUCAAAACCUGCAAGUGACACGCACUGUGAAACAAAAAAUACGGUUCAGGCCAGUGCAGCAAAACCUAUACAAGUAUCAAGACAACAUUCCUUACCCCAAGAGGGCCCAUCCUCCUCCAUCAGUAGCUUGGCUUCAAUGAGUGGGCAACAUUCUGAAGCCAGACACAGCUCAGCCUCUUUGAGAACUUCAUCUUUGUCUGGAGAAACCUCCUCUAGUCUUUCUAAAUCUAAUUGUAGCACAUCUUUUCCUGGAACACAGUUUUCUUUAUCCAAACUGCAGCGUUCUCACAGCAACCCCUCAACAUCAGACCAUGCUUCUGCUCCUACAAAAGGCCCAUCAUCCUGUGCUACCAUGCAACCAUCAGUAGUGAAAAAAUUGAGGGCUGACUGGAAGGACAAUUAUAUCCCAACCAGAAGAGACAAAAAAACUAGCCUGGGGAUGGAGGAGGCUUUCGUGAAUCAUAACAGAAAGGAACCAAGGCCUAGACCUAGUCACAGUGAAAGGACACCCAGACAGAGGCAAAACUCCUACGAUACUCAAACCGCCUUGAUGAAGAAGACCAAGAAUGAAGCCAGAUUGUGGACGAACCACAAACAUCGAGGCGUUAUAAGAGAAAAAACAAUGAGGGGAAGGUGUGGAGGUCCCCCUCAAGACCCCAUCACUGAAGAAGAAGAAAAAUGCCCCCUUGUUUACAGCUCAAGUUCCACAGGGACAUAUCACUGUAACUCACUUUGAUUUUUUUUCCCCAAAGGAUUGGCUCUGUACUUUUUUUUUUUUCUAAACUGUGUAUAGCAUAUGUAUCGCCUGUUUCCUGUUAUUUUCAAAUGUUUUGGUGCCAUCUGUGAAGAUAUGUACCCACUACCUCAAAAUGUAUGAAAAUUCAGCAUUAAGAUGAUUGUGAAUUUUUUUUUUUACUUCAACACUGCUUUAACUUGAAAUGUUUCUAUAUUAAAAACCUACAUUUUUAAUCAACCCCCUUUUACAUGUUAUUUGUACUUUG